UCUAGUAGUUAUCAUAGGGAAAUUGAAAUCAAAGGACUAAGACAUGUUAAAACUUUUAAUUUGCAUUUUAUUUUUUGAUGGAUUAUUUUCAUACAAAAUUCACCGAGGAAUACAUAUACGAGCUGCUGGGGACCUUAGUAAUGACCAGUUACUGGAAAUAGAUCUCUACUUGCGGAGAUAUGGCUACUUAGAUGACCAGAUGCCUGGGACGAGAAUUUUAGCUUCAACAGAGAAAAGAAAAUAUGCAUUACAAUUUUUCCAGAAUUACAACAAGAUUGCUAUUACUGGUGUAUAUGAUGAUGCUACAGCUGCACUGUUUGCUAAAGAAAGAUGUGGCUGUCCUGAUGUGAUGCCACAAAAAAACGAAGCAGCUUUUUCUAAGAAAAAAAACCCUCCAACUCCUGUGCAGUUUAACUUAGGAACAAAAUGGAACAAGAACCAAGUUACAUGGCGACUUAAUUCAUUCAGUAGAAAAAUAACCAAUAAUCAAGUUAGAGUUGAAACAAGAAGAGCCUUUGACUUGUGGAGUAAAAAUGCCAACCUUCAGUUUGUGGAGCUACAGUCUGGAGACGCAGACAUAGAUAUUGAUUUUGGAAGAAGAGAACACGGUGACGGAGCGGGAAAUGCAUUUGAUGGACCUGGACGUGUGCUUGCUCAUGCUUUCUUCCCUCCCUUUGGAGAUACCCACUUUGAUGAAGAUGAAGGAUGGGUGGUUAACAGAACAGGGGUAGACUACUUUACUGUAGCAGCACAUGAAUUUGGACACGCCCUCGGAUUAGGACAUUCUGAGAUCAGACAGGCGCUAAUGGCACCCUUUUACACUGGCUACAAUCCAAACUUCGAACUUAAUUCUGACGACAUUGCUGGAAUACAGGCUCUAUAUGGUGCACCAAGGAAUCAGCCGCAACCAAGACCGACUACUCCUAGAACCACAAUGCCUCCAGUGGUAGUAACGGAACCCCCACCUCCAAGGCCACCACCAACUACCAGACCAACUAUUUGUGAUAUCCCUUAUAAUGCUGCGGUAAAAGAUUUUAAUGGAGAUUUAUUAGUUUUCAUGGGAAGAGCCUACAUGCUGAGAAUUGAUCCAAAUGGAGGUUUAGUGACUACAAUGACUCAACGAACAGUGUUUCAAAGGUCUCCAAUCCGUCCGGAUGCGGCCACCGAAGUGAUGAGUGGCAGUAGAAUUGUGAUGAUGAAAGGACGGUUAUUAUACCAUUUUAGUCGAAGUGGUAGAAGACUAUCAAGAAGGUGGAUCACUGGAGGAGGAUCGACGAUGCCCGAGCAAGCUAGGGCAGCUUUAUCUUUUAGUUCAAACGACAUUUCUGUGUUUGGAGCUAGUCAAGUAUGGAAACUGAAUCCAAACACUGGUAGAGUUAUCUCUGGAAGUCAUCGAUACAUUGGGAAUGAGUUUCCUGGAGUACCUAAUAGGAUUGACGCUGCUGUUAUUCGAGAUGAUAACACUAUUUUGUUCUUUAAAGGAAGAUCAACGAUGUAUGUGUUUGAUAGAAGACAAAAUCGUGUUGUACGUACUGUAGACAAAGGGAAUGAACUCAUGUCUAGCACCUGUGAUGUUUAAUCAUCUGGCGUCCAGUGAGAAGAUAUUUACUGGAUAAUCAUCAUAUACAUACACACAACGUAUUUUGACUUUGAAAUUUCACAUAUCAUCUGAACUUUUUCUGCGGCGUUUCGUUGAAUAAUGAAACACAACAACAUUAAUAGAUGACGUCGCCAUUAACGCAUCAUGAACCCCAUAUGAAACUUCUUAACCCCAUACGGUCUCAUAGGGGGUCACCACAUCACGGCGUUUUACAAAUCACAACGUGAUAAUUUAUCUGUGGUCCGAUAACAUCAUUUAAAUCUCUGGAAAAUAAACAUUUCAUUACAUGAGUUUUAUUUUAAUUCUAAGCGAGGUCAAAUUGCUUAGUAUACAACAAUUGUAUUUUGAGUUUCUUUCUAAUAAAGAGUUGUUAUAUU